AUGUCAGGCUACAAGGUGGCUUUUGCCUGUCUUAAAUGUGGAAAUAUCAUCAGCUACAAGUCCUGUAAACUGGGUGAGACUCGUUAUGAUGUCCUAUUAACCACCACCUACAACUUGAUCCUGGAGGACAAGAUUCGAGUAACGAAUGGAGAGAAGUUCCAGAACGUCUACUGUUCGAAAUGCCGCAUGGAGCUGGGCUUGCUUUGUUUGGAAAGUUACUCGAAUCAACAGCUUAAGGGAGUUACGCUGCUCCAGAAGGCCCUACUGAUAGUGUACGAUUCGUAUGAGGUGCCGUUCGAGUUGCCUUGA